AUGACUUUUCGUAUCACAGGCUGUGGCGCUCAGGGCUUCACCUCUUGGCCGGUUCGCUACGUUGGUCGGAGGGUUUGUAAUGCAUUAGAGCCGCAUGCACAGUGUCUUUCGCAUGUUGCGAGUGGGCUAGCCAAGGUUGUCUGUGGUUGCAGGCUGGUGGUCAUUUGCUUCCAGCUACGGUCCAUGGGCGCAGCUAGAGUCUACUACUCAGUGGACACGCUGGGUGCUAAGCCAAGCCAACGCGGGGAUUUUCAGACUGCAAGCAGGGCUGGCGAGUGGAGCUUUUAUGGGGCGUCCUGGAACAUGCAAGAUAGGAGCAACCCGGCACUUGAGAUGGUUCCGAGUCGUCAGCAUGGAUGCUGUUCGGCGAUCAAGGGUGAAGGAAGAAAUGUUCAGGAGGUCUUGGGUGCAUGUCAUUCGGUCACCGAAAGUGCAAUUUUCUACCAGACUGCCGCUGAGCACCUUCUUAUCGCUAUAAGCGGCGCUAGAUAG